GGUAAACAAGGCCCAGCAGCCCCGCCCGCCGCGGCCCAGCAACUUCCAGAAGGGCCGCGCGCGGGCUAGCGAGCGGGGGCCGCCCACAGCUGUGGCGCAGCAGGAAUUGCCGCCCUCCCGCCGCACCGCGGGCGGGGUGAUGCCCCUGUUUAUUUUUACCCGGGCGGCUCAUCCUCUCCGGCUGCCCGAGCGCGGCCGCUCCCCGCCCUGGCCCCGCCUAUAAAAGGCCGCCCGCGGGGGGCUGAGGAUGCAGCUUUAUAGCUCCGUGAUCACCCACUACCCGGCAGCGGGGGCAGCGGCAGCAGCAGCAGGCGGGGCGGGCGUUUUCAAAGUCUCCCUGCCGGCGGUGCCCCCCUCUCCGGACGCAGCGAGCGCCGCGGGCCAGAGCCCGGCCGCCGAGAGCCCCGCUAAGGAGAGUCUGGUGCCCGGAGGCAGCGGUGCCGCCAUGACUGCCUUCUCCUCCUGCCUGGAGCUCAUGCCCGGCGGGCCCGCGGCGGGCCCGGGCGGCAGGCAGGCGGCGGCCCCGCAGUACAGCUCCAGCGCGCAGAUCACCGUGAGCCGCAGGAGGCCGCUGGAGAGGAUCGUGCCCAUCCGCAUCGUGCAGCGCCCCGAGCACCCCGUUGAGCUGGCCCCGGCCUCUCCGCAGAGCCGAGCCUGGCUCGAGGGCAUCCUGGAGAGCAUGAGACAAGCCGGCGGGGACGCGGAGGCCGCCGCAGCCCCGCACCGCCCGGAGGAGCCCAGCAACCACAGCCUCCGCCUAAGCGAGCACUGCCAGGCUCUGCAGGCGGCGGCCAGCGCCCAGCCCGACCCGGCCGCCACCUGCGGCGAGGAGAGCGGCGGCCAGGCCCUGCCUCUGCCCUGCUCCCCGCUAGCGGAGGAGGAGGGCCCCAGCCCGAGGAGGGGGCCGGAGCGGAAUGAGAAGCUGGCUCUGUACCUGGCCGAGGUGGAGAAGCAGGACAAAUACCUGCGGCACAAGGGCCGGUUCCGCUUCCACAUCAUCCCCGAUGGAAACUGCCUGUACCGCGCCAUCUGCAAGGCCGUAUACGGGGACCAGCGGCUGCACAGCGAGCUCCGCGAGCAGACUGUGCACUACAUCGCCGACCACCUGCACCAUUUCAGCCCCAUCAUCGAGGGCGAUGUGGGCGAGUUUCUCAUCGGCGCCGCCCAGGACGGCGCUUGGGCUGGCUACCCUGAGCUCCUGGCCAUGGGGCAGAUGCUGAAUGUAAACAUUCAUCUCACCACGGGCGGCAGGCCAGAGAGCCCCACCGUCUCCACUAUGGCCCACUACCUGGGCCCUGAGGACCCGGCCCGGCCUAGCAUCUGGCUGAGCUGGCUCAGCAAUGGGCACUACGACGCUGUGCUGGACUGUGUGUGUCCCAACCCGGAGUACGAGGCCUGGUGCAGGCAGACUCAGGUGCAGCGGAGGCGGGACGAGGAGCUUGCCAAAUCCAUGGCCAUGUCACUGUCUAAGAUGUACAUCGAGCAGAACACCUGCUCCUGAGACUUCCUAGUCUAGAAGCUUAGAGCCCUACUCCAGGUCAAGAGAGACAGUUUGCACCGGCCAUGGUGGUGAUGCCUUAAUCCUUCAUAAAGCAGCGGUGCCCUAGACUGAGGAGCCUCCAUACAAUAUUAAACUGGGGGGGAUGACAAAUCCAAACUUGUAUUUGUAAUAUUCUCUUGUAUAAAGCUAGCCCUGGAUUAUUUGGAAGCGGAUUCUCCAUGUAUAUGUGGUGUUUGUUUGUUUGUUCCCCCCUCCACCCCCAGUUCUCUAUUUUCUAGAAGAAUGUAUUUUUUGCACAUUAUUUUUUUAAACUGUUACCUCCAUCUCCUACAUCUCAUGUUGGCCUCUGGCUUUCAGCUGUGCAGCCAAAAAAGUUUGUAAGAGGUUUAUUUUGUAAAUAAGGUUUAUGAUAUACCAGGUUGGGGGGGGGUUGUUUUUUUGUUUUUUUUUCCUGUGAUUUGACCGAUACAACUUAAACUACCAAAUGAAAUUGGUGUCAGCCAGUUUGAAUGUUAGCUGGACCGACUUUUCCUGAUUGUUGGAAAGUAAAUAAACUUUAUCUAAACAAUGGUUUGCAUAAAAGUGCAGAAAACUUUUAAAUAGCUACUUCAAAAAGUUUUUGAUUGCCUCAAGCACAGAACAAGUCUUAUAAGCCUGUUGGAAUGUAGCUAUUCAUGAAUGGUACAGGGAGCAAUUGUGACUCUUCUGUAUUUAAUUACUGUUUAGAGUAAAUUGGCCUCUGGUUGCUUGGGUGACUCACCCAUUGUUCCAUUUAUAUUUUAUUCAAUUGUAAUAAUAUACAUUUAAUGUAGAAUGUUGUGAUAAAAUAAUAGUUUGUAAUUUUGGCAAGAAUUGGCUGUACCUCAGUAUUUGGGUUUCUGAGUGUGGGUUUUUUUUGUUUUUUUUUUAAAUGCCUUUUCUUUGCCCCAUGGCACUUGCAUUGCAUCAGCAGGCUGUUAUCACAACAUUUUACUCCUUUUGAUGUUGUUUUCUAAUCAAGAAUAUAAUGCACUCUCCUAUAUUAUGUAAAAAGUAUUUAAACCGAGACUUGUAUGGUUUGCUGGGUCAAACAUUAAAUGUUUUCAACCUGAGAGCUAUCUUCUUUAAUCUCCUGUUAACUUUAAUUUGUUAGACAUAUUUAUUAAGUAAUGCAGUUUGUACUUUUUUAUUUUGUAAUAUUUUGUGAUUUUUUUGAAUUACUACUGUACUUGUAUAAUAGGAAUAUUCUUAGCUAAAAUGGAAUGAAUAAAGUGUAUAAUUUUA